GAACCCUCAACUCCCCCCCACACUCACACACACUUAUCUUCAUCCAUCUAUCUAACUUAGUUCAUUAUAAAUAACUUUCAUUAUUAGCUAGGUUUUGCUAUCAUAUCCUUCAACCACCAUACUUCAAUUCAAUUCCGCCAUUAAGUCUUUCCAAGCUAGCUAGCUAGCAAAAUUAAGACCAGCUGCUUAUUAGAUAGUGAAGAGAGAUCCAAUUAAGGCAUGGCCUCCGGCGGUGAGGAACACCUUCUCUCCACCGAGAUCGUCAACCGCGGCAUCCAAUCAUCGGGACCGGAUGCCGGAUCCAUGACGUUCUCAGUGAGGGUCCGGAGGCGGCUCCCGGACUUCGUGCAGUCCGUGAACCUCAAGUACGUGAAAUUAGGGUAUCAUAACCUGAUAAACCAUGGGAUAUACUUGGCCACCGUGCCGCUCCUGUUGCUGGUUUUCGGCGUGGAGGUCGGGAGCCUUAGUAGGGCGGAGCUGUGGCAGAAGCUUUGGGAUAGCACCGCCAAGUACGACUUGGCCACCGUCUUGUCUUUUCUUGCUUUGCUUGUCUUCACCCUCUCCGUUUACUUCAUGUCCAAGCCCCGCCCUAUUUACCUCCUUGAUUUUGCCUGCUUCAAACCCAGUGAUGAUCUCAAUGCACAGGUAACAAAGGAGCAGUUCAUCGAGUUGGCUCGAAAAUCGGGGAAAUUCGACGAAGCAAGCCUGGAGUUCCAGAAGAGAAUCUUGGAAUCGUCGGGCAUCGGGGAGGAGACGUACGUGCCGAAGUCGAUCGGGUCGGCGGAGAAGACGGCGACGAUGAAGGAAGGGCGGGCGGAGGCGUCGAUGGUGAUGUUCGGGGCGAUAGACGAGGUGCUGGAGAAGACGGGGAUCCGGCCGAAGGACAUCGGAGUGCUGGUGGUGAACUGCAGCAUCUUCAACCCGACGCCGUCGCUGUCGGCGAUGAUCAUAAACCACUACAAGAUGAGGGGGAACAUCCUGAGCUUCAACCUGGGGGGGAUGGGGUGCAGCGCCGGGAUCAUCGCGCUCGACCUCGCGCGCGACAUGCUCCAGGCCAACCCUAACAACUACGCCCUCGUCGUCAGCACUGAGAUGGUCGGCUUCAACUGGUACCCCGGCAAGGACCGCUCCAUGCUCCUCCCCAAUUGCUUCUUCCGCAUGGGUUGCUCCGCCCUCCUCCUCUCCAAUCGCCGCCGCGACUUCGCCCGCGCCAAGUACACCCUUGAGCACAUUGUUCGCACUCACAAAGGCGCCGACGAUCGUGCCUUUAGGUGCGUGUACCAAGACGAAGACGAAGAGCGGCACAAGGGACUGAAGAUAAGCAAAGAGGUGGUGGAAAUCGGCGGCGACGCGCUGAAGACAAACAUCACCACCCUGGGGCCCCUGGUCCUCCCCUUCUCGGAGCAGCUCAUCUUCUUCGCCAACCUCAUCGCCUCCAAAACGAAAUCCCCGAAGAAGCCCUACAUCCCGGACUACAAGCUGGCCUUCGACCACUUCUGCGUCCACGCCGCCAGCAAGACCAUCCUGGACGAGCUCCAGCGCAACCUCGGCCUCACCGACGCCAACAUGGAGGCCUCCCGCGCCUCCCUCCACCGCUUCGGCAACAACUCCAGCAGCAGCAUCUGGUACGAGCUCGCUUACAUGGAGGCCAAGGGCGCCGUUAAGCGCAACCACCGCGUUUGGCAGAUUGCCUUCGGCUCCGGCUUGAAGUGCAACAGCGCCGUCUGGAAGGCCGUCCGCCGGGUUAGGAAACCCACCCACAGGAACCCUUGGCUCGACCGCCUUGAGGCCUACCCGCAGGCUCUCUACCCUUGAUCCUAGCUUAUUUUAAAUUAUUCCACAAACCAUUUAUUAUCAUCACAAUAUUAUUUAUAAUUAUCAAUCCUGUUUAAUUGUUACUUUGUAUAUGCAUCAAAGCAUGCAUGCACGCACGUACGUACUAUAUCUUGUUAUUACGUCUAUUAAAUGCCGGCCGGCCGGUAAGACACUACGAGUUAGCUAGCUACAAUGUCUAUUGCAAGGCUUUCUUUAUUGCUAAAUUGCUCUUUGUAACACUAAAUCAAUGAAAGCUUACACAAAUAGAACUUGGUCAUGUUUUGUCCAUUGCUGUACGUGGUUUGAUUAAUUCUAUUUCAUUAAACUCUAUUAUUACUUUCCAAUUUUACCCUU